UGCAACUUCAAAAAUCUCAACUUUCAACCUUUGAGCUCCGAACGCAAAAAUCGUCGACAAAACCGAACAAAACCACAAACUCCGACCCCAAUCAUCACCUGUUCAAUCCCAAACCAAAUCUCUAUCUUUGCAUCCAAUCAGAUCCGUCCAGCUUACCAAUGCUCUGCCCGGUCUCCGCCACCAAGUCCAAUCCCAACUGGCUGGACCGCCUCCGGUCCAACAAGGGCUUCCCGGCCGGCGACAACCUCGACCUCGACCACUUCCUCAGCCUCAAACCCAACUCCUCCUCGGAAUCUUCGAGCCCCAAUGCAGAGUCAGUCCCACAUGUCUCGAACCGACCCGAAUGUUCCAAUCCGACGCGGGACGCCGGAAAAGGAGAGGCAUUGCUGGGCCUGAUGAGCACCGCCAUCUCCGAGCUGUUCUUCAUCGAUGGCUCCGAAGAAUGUUCCAGACUUUCCGGGAAAAAAGUCCCCAGGAAACAAACCCACCCCAGAGUUUGCGUCACCUCCGCCGCCAAUGUCUCCGACAACAAAGACACCAGGAGACACAAGAGCUCAGGCGGCACUGUAAAUGACGUAAAUGACCUUAUGAUUAUCACUUCGUUGAACUUGGAGAAGAAUAAGGAGGUGAAUGAGGGGGAAGAGUUGGAAGAGAGAGGGGAGAGAGAGUUGAAGGGGUAUUCGAAGAGCGAAGUGACUGUGAUCGACACGAGUUGCGAGGUUUGGAAGACAGAGAAGGUGGUGUUUAGGAGGAAGAGUGUAUGGAAAGUGAGGGAGAAGAAGAGUAAGGUGAGGAGCUUUGGGAGGAAUAAGAGGAAAGUGGUGAGUGGUGAGGAAGGUGAUGAUGGCAUUGAGGAGAAGAAGAAGGAGGCAAAGGUUUCUGAUUGCGGUGGGGAUCAAUGUAUAUCUCUCAACCCCAUUGAAGAAGUCAGUCACACCACGGAUAAUCUUAAUGACAGAGGGAAAGAAUAUAGCAAAGACAAUGUGCCAGAUUCCAGAAAAGAUUUAGACAAGGGGUUUCCCUCAAAACCAAGAACAACAAUAAAGAACGGCUCGUCUGUUGUCUUUAUUAAAGGCAUACGCACAGAUGAGAAAAAUGAAGGAAAGCGUCCUAGUAAGUGUUUCAAGGACAGUCAAAGGAAAUGCAGGGAAUGAUUGAUAUUCAUCAGCUACUGGAAAGAUAUAGCUGUCUGCUAUGCAAAGACCCUAAAGCCGGCACCAGUGUCCUUUUUGAUCAAGAGGCCUUUCAAUAUCUGUCUAGAUAGGAGUAUACCAGGACUGAGGUUGGGUCACACUCGGGAGUUGAAGAUGGAUGUGAUCACAGACUAUACUGCCGUGUCAUUAGAAUUCAUAAUGUUGUAAAAUAGUGAAUUUAGUGUAUCAUGAUUCAUGACAACAGCAGUUUUACCAAAAAUAUAACAAUGAUUCCCUCUGUAUAACUUGUUGCGAAUUUGGCAAACCUCCAUUCAAUCUCGUUGAUUACU